CUACAACCUCGCCAACUUCUCAAACAACCGUCAUCGUGGAUGCAACGCCUCAGUAAUCUGUCCCAAACCUGCAUCCUGGAAUCGUCCGUCUCUUCGCUUGAGCCCUCCGAGAAAACGUCCCCUGCCUAUCCAUCACACCUUCUUGCCCGUGUCAAGUCUACUUUCCACCCGCACGCGUCAACCUGGUCCGACAACCACACCAUCGACGAAAUCGACCACCGUCUCUCUUGCGCUCGUGAUUGUUCUCCAUCCACUGCUUCAGCUGUCUUCUUCCAGCAUCCGGACUUGACCUCACUGACCAGCCUUGUACGGUCCCUCCUAGGUCAAGAUCGUCGCCUUGACUGGACCAGGGCGCCCGUAUGCCCGGGACUUCCAUCUGCCACCUGUAGUCCAUUGCUGUUUCCAACCUCGAUCCUGGUCCAAAUCGACUAAUCGCUAGACACGAGAACCUCUUUCUCUCAUGCUGACCCCGAACCACGGCGACGCGAUCGGCUCUUUAUCUUGUGCGACUCAACCUCUUCCCUCCUUCCCUUUCCAACCCUGACACUCCUUGACCUUUGGCACGGACGGCCAUUCACGGUUUUGUCACCAAUACAGACCUGCCUGGCUAUCCUUCGCCGCCAUUCUGGUCUCAGAUACGUCUGAGGUUGGCUGACACUGGUUGUGGUCGGCAGAACACCCACGGACAAGACAGUCUCUCACCUCGCUAGCAUUUGGGACGUCAAAGAAACAUUGAUAGUCCAGAUUCGUUCUGGCAGCAGGCCCACCAAGGACACCACAAUUGUCUACGCCUCACCACAGAGUGCAUCUUGGACUGGACUGCGAUUUCCGGAUUGACUGGCUCAGCCGAUUAGUUUGCGGAGGACGCCCUUGCCGCCGCCAGAUUCUCCCACGGAGGCGCCUCCUGUGAGCUCGCGCUCUGAUGGACUCAUAAUCUUCUCACGGUCUCUACAACGAUCUCGUCACUCUUUUAGUAUUUCAAACUACUCUACGUUCAUUACCCAUAUCUCCACUUCGCAACUAUCUCAAUAUGAAUGUUUUCAGGAAGAGAGCAAAGGCGAAGGAUGAUGCAUACACCAUACCUCCUGCCGAUCCGUCCGACUUUGCCUCCAUGUCGAAGAUGUCCCGUAGUCUGAAGCGGAAGCAGAAGAAUGCCGUCGAGAUAAAGCCGGAGAUCGAUCUCUCCACGGCGCUGCCAAACACCAACGACUUCAGAACCAGCCUUCUCAUGCCUGGUCUUUCGGCGCGCUUCAGUAUGCUUCGUGAACAAGAUGAUCCCAACACUAAGCUCGGCAAGGCAAGCGAUGACAGUGUUUUAUUCCCUAAACGAGCCUCCCGUAUGAAUCUCUUCAAUCACAACCCUCUCACAGAUAUUGCUGAGGUCGAAUCGAUCCACACCCCUGUCAAAGCUCCCUUCGCCGAUCCUGAGCGUUCCCACUCCUUCUCAGAACUCGAUGAUCAAGACAGUGUCUUGAAUCGGUCAAGGCCGACCGAAGGCAACAAUCUCUUCAGUGGUCGCCAGAAAAUGUACAGAAUUCCGACGGCGAGCACAAGCCGGGAGUUGAGUGGGCGGUCCACUCCACUGACAUCUUCUAAACAUGUAUAUCAGAACGAUGUCGCAAUGUCGAGCUACCAACAGCUUCGCCUGAAGGCCGCGCAAGAGCGCGAGGAGUGUGGCGAGGAGGCAGAAGAAGAGAGGGAUGGGUUUCCCGACCGCCCCAUCAGUACUGGAACAGACGAACACGAACAUGCCAGCGUCGUCAACACUCCUUCUACAGGUUUCAGUAAGAGCAGAGGCACCACUUCCUCGACCGCGUCUGGUCCCUCCAACCGACGAACUUCUACAGCUGCUACUUCAGUGAUCUCGGAUUCACCUGCACCUCGGCAAAGCCAGCUCAGCGCCGGGUCUCAUACCAAGGGAUCUGCCUCCGAGUUCGGUAGUGAAGAUGGGUUCCUUCGAAGGGAUCCCUCCCAAGAGUCUCGGCAAGGCAACCAUGAAUCCGGUCAAUUCAACCAGCCUCCUUUACCAUCAUCACCUCCCUUCAGUCGCCAACUCUCACAGUCCAAGAGCACCAGUCAUCUCCCAGAUAAAUCCUCUCGUUCAAAUUCCCCGUUCCCUGGAACUACCCCGCGAGCCACUAGCCCUUUUCCUUCUUUGCAGACACAGGCUUUGGCGUCGCUUGAUUUUGGCCUGAAGUCGUCAGUUGGUACGUUCAAGAGAUAUCAGACGACUUCCCCCACGGAAGACGAGCAUGGCGGCGAUGUAUAUUCCAGCAACCUAAAGCCGAGUGACCGUGGGAAAGCUACCGCCAUGGGACUUUUCAAUCGCCCGCAACAACAAUUUGAUGAAAGACAGUUCGAAGCGCGCCAAAUGCAAAUGUACGGACCACCUGUGUUGACAAACGUAAGGGAAGCCCACACCACAGGAUCCAAAGGCUCUCCAGAAAACACAGCUGCCCCUAGCAUUCCUCCGUCGCCAUUUGAAAAGAGUUACAACCGACCCUCUGAGGCAAGCGCCGUCGCUGUGUCAGGUAGACCAAGGGCGCAAUCUUCCGCCUCGUCCACCAAUGCAGCACAAGUUCAAGCAAAAGUUGAGGCCCUAAUCAAACGCCAGAAUGAGGAGUUCAAGGCCUUCCGAGCCUCCAAACCUAACGCUGCGCUUCCAGACGAACACUCUCCUUCGAAAACGCUGAUGGAGCAACCAGUAGCCUCGAGAGGGACAUUCUUUGACACCUCCGACGGCAGCGAUGAAGACGAGGCGACAGAUCUUGACAGCCCAAUGUUGGGUCGCUAUGAGCCAGCACCUCGCCUGGCAAAGACUGACGUCCAUCCAGCAUUACGUGAUGUCUCGCAGGGGUUUGAUUUUGGACAAAAAGUACGCGAUGCCAAAAACGACCGGCCGCACUCGGAUGCCUCCGCCGAAACAUCCUCUCCUUCGGUCGUGCACGACACUCCCGAUACUUCUGAUUCGCUCCAUCUCGCGCCCGACAUGAAAGGCUUAGACUCUCCCACCCUAGGACCAGCCACGGGUCUAGGUCUCAGCGGCUUGAUUCGUACCCACCUACGACACGAUAGCGAUAGAUCGUCGAUGAUGCCUCCACCCUCUCCUGUAUCUCUUCAGGGGCAGCACCCUAACUUAGCAUACCGCGAACGUGAACCGUCUAUAGCUUCCACGGCUCGCACUAUCAAUCCGCCGGAGAGCACGCACAGCGAUCCUUGGGAGCUUGACCAUGCCCACCGCAAUCAACGGAGUCCACUGGAGCCGCCUGCGAAUGAUGCCAUGUCAUCCAUGUCACGCAAAGCUCAGCAGAUUCUAGGACAAGCCAUAUCACACAAAACCCAGAGUGCCGCGAAGGCGCAGCAACUCCUUGGUUCCGGUGCACCUACAUCAAUGGACGAUACGAGACAAUGGCAGAACGAUAUGAUGUCAAGUCAUCACCGAGGAGAGAGUACCGAGACUCAGAAGGAGUUCGAUAACGAGCUCGCCGAGCGCGCAAAAAAGAUUCAAGAGGGUCUGAGGGGGGUGACUGAAUCCGAGAAACGCUCAAGGAGUCCGGGGCCACGUCAAGCUCUGCAUGCUUUGCGCCACAGGACGAGCAAAACAUCUGUUGCCCCUAGGAUCAACGAAUCUCAACCGAAGGCAAUGAAGAUGCUUGGAAUCACUGAUGGACCUGGCCCAGCAAUGGGAGCACGUUCACCAAACGUCGAUGUCCACGCCGAGUUCAAUGAAAGUUCUGACGAACAUGAUGACCGUCACACACCGAGACAGCGACCUGGUGCCUUUGAUGGACCAAACGGAAGAUCCACGCCAGGACCGUGGAGGCAGGAACCACAGGAAGAUUAUGACCACCCACGUCAACGUUCUGCUACUCCGAAUGCCAGGAUGCCCCGACGUGAUAGAUCAGAAUCAGGAGCCGCAGACCGUUCGCGAAGUCGGACCGGACGGUACGCUGAGGAGCGUCCUCCCUUCGCUGCGGAGUAUAGUAAGCAAGGCCUGCUUGAGCACAGGGAGCAGCAUCGUCCCUAUGGACCUCCUCGUGGCCCACCUCGUGGCCCGCCACCUGUCGAACCUCGAAACAAUGAGAGAUCUUCCUCGGCCAUGUCAAAUAGACGGCCUAGCGGAAAUCGAGCAGGACAAUCAGACUACUUUGAUGGCCGAGCCGGGACCCCUAUAAUUGCCAACGCUCCGAGACUAGGUGACGGACAGGCUUCACUAAGUGCACCCAGACCAUCUCCUCGUCCACCCUUUCCUCAUUCUCCCAUCAGUCCCUUUGGUCCUCCCGGUCUAUCACCGGGACUUCCAGGGAACCCUGCCAGCUUGCCAGCAGCCCUCCCGUCUCCAUCUGGACCGCUCCCUGCACCUCCACCCGCGACUGGUCGCUCAACACCAAUCGAGAACAACAGACUGACUAUUAUUGGAGCGCGAAAGAAGUCGGUCACAAAAGGAAUGAUCUCGGAGCCUACAUUCAUCUCCAGUACUUCCUCCGUUCCUUUGGUUGGUCUUCCCAACGGUCCUCGACCUAGGGAAAUUCCCACUCCACCAGUCCCAGCCAUGCACCCACAGCGCCGGCGUGCAGGCACUUUCACUGAACAAACGACUGGUUACGCCAGUCCCCGGAUGGGAUCACCUCUGCCAAUGGGCCCCGAUUCACCCAGUCAAGUGUCUGCUGCUCAGAGUGCUGUCAUUGACCAACAACUGUCACAGAAGCCACAACCUCGUCCGCGAAACAGGCUGAGGAAGAUUAGUAGCGAGGGAGGUAGCAUGGCAGCUCGCGCACGAAACCAGGCUUUAAUGGCAGAGUUUGGUCGGGAAAAAUUGCGGAGUCCAGCAUUGCCAGUCUUUCCCAACCGAAGUGCAACUGCCCUGGGCUUACACCAGGAAGGCGGCAUGUUCUAAGCGUGUCCCGAGCCAGACGCCCCAAUGCAAUUUGACCUAGAACGAAUCCUUGUUCUGCUUUCAACCUCAACCUCUCAUCACACGAACGUCCUCUGGGAGAGCAGGGGAUGUCAAUACAUCACCUUUUUGCAACAUUUUGUGUUCUCAUUUAUACCACCAGGCGAUGGCUUUCUUCGUAGCAUGUGGCUCUAUCUUGACACGGCUGCCUUUUGGAAAAUUAACAUUUCUUUAUGGACUGGAUGACCUGUUUUCAAUUUUGUUUCUUAUUGUGAGACUUCUAUGAUACGACAACGAUUUGUUCCCUACAUGGGAGGGAUAGAAAUUCGACACCUCAGCGGACGAGGUCGUCACUUGGGCAGGAUGGAUUCGUAAAUCGUAUACACUUGAGGAUCUUAUCUGGCCAUGGAGUUUUACCCUGGAAUAUUGUAAAGAG